CAUUCUUUCCUCUUCUUUCUGUAAACGUCAGUUCCUGAAGAUCAAGGACUUAGCUAGGUUAGCAGACAAGCGGCGGCCACCACUCCCCGACAACACCUAGUAACAAACAUCAGAUGUUGUUACAGCAGAUUCAGCAGUAGCAUUGUGUGGGAAUUGAACUGGAAAAGUAGAGCGGGGUAGUCUAGACUGAACAUCAAUAUUAUUUUCAUGACAUCCGGCGACUUUGUUUUCUAGUGGGUCUGAACGAACCGAGGUGGCGAAUACGACUGUUGCAAAGCAGUAUCUGUCGACAAGUAUGUUGCUCAGCAAGAAUCUUCUGGGUCAGAAUGGCUCGAGAGACCCUGCAGAGAGGUGAAGGGAACCGGCGCUUUCCGACCACUGAAUCCUAGUACUAGUAGUGCGCUGCGCACUGUAAUUUAGAAGCGACAGCGGCGGGGAAGACACUGAACUCCGUCAUGGAGGAAGAAGCGGAGGUCGCCUGUGACAACGACGAUCGAAUGCGUCUCGCCCUGCACCAGCUGGUGAUGAUGGCGCAGCGACAUUUCGACGCGGUGCCCACCGAGCAACCUCUACCUCCGGCGGAAACCGUCGUCAGCGAUUUGGAAGCUACAGAUCUAAAUUUCCAUAGUUAUGAGGUGGUGCGUGAGCUGUCGCAUCGUGUUGAGAGCAAUGUCGGCACUCUCCUCGACAACUUGGUUAGCAGAAUACCCAGUGACGGCGGAGGUGCAGACACGCUGCUGCCGGAGAUCGUUGAUCAGAUCAAAGGCACGGAUGAGUUUGCAGCUCUGAUCGAUGGUAUAAAGACGGAUCUCCAGAUGGCGUCCGCAUCGGUUAUAGAUGACAUUGAAGAAGGCAGAGAAGAGGAUAAUGUAAAGAGUCCCAGGCAUGACUCAUCCACCUCAAAGACUUCCGGCGGCAGCCUGGCAUUGUCAGCUGCGAGCGGAAUGUCCGGCUCACAGUCGAGCUUGAGCGAGCAGGACUUGGAUUUUUCUGGCGAGAAAGAGCUGGGUGCAGUGCUCCAGAAGCUGGGUGACAGCGGUGAUCCUCAGGGUCAAUUAGAAGCUGCAAACAUUCUGUUCUGGCUCAGCCCUUCCGAACUGUACGGCCAUUCUCUGUGGAAUGAGGUGAUCACAGGCAUAAUGCAACAGAGAAGAUGUGAUCACGUCUUAGUACGGACAUCUUGCCUUCAGGUGCUAGCAAAGCUGUACAGGUCUGCAUCGGGUCAAGACGUUUGCACCAUAUUCCAAGCUUUAGUAAAACACAUAGAAGUGCAUGCGAGGAAUGCGAGUCCAAUGGUUUUUGCAGAUCUACUGCAGGAAGUGCGGCUCUUCAGUCAGGUGCUGUGCGAUGUCACCAAUAUCUGGAUGCGCUAUCAAUCAGAUUGGGUGUCCGGCAUGAUUUCUGCCACAGUCAAGACUCUUUGUACACCGAUUGGCAACGGCAAAGUCACAAUGGAAUCUGUUGAUGGCAGCGGCCCAGUGCUGGUCUUGCAUCUCGUGGCACUGUUCGACAUGAAGGCUGAGUGGUUCACCGGUUGGACGCACGCAUGGAGAAGUCGGAAAAUACUUCUGGAAUGCAUCGCAGAAAAUGCUCUGGUUGCCAGGUGCCUGUCAAUGUGCGUCAACUGGAGCAGGAUGUUUCAGGAUGACAGCUGUUACGACGAAAGCACUCAGGAACCGCAGCGAGCGUUUGUCCAGCUCUUGGAAAACUGUGCAGAACUUCAACUGACACCAGUGAGCUUGUCCUACUGCGGCUUCUUCCACUGCCUUCACAUUCUCUCACACCUCCUGGUCUACACACGUGGGCGCAACAUCUUCCCACUGAAACUGACUUACCUGAAGGAUAAACAUAUCAGCUUCUCCACGGAGGAUUGCUUGCUGCAUCUGGUAGCUCUGAUGUACACCCUGCCAUUCACAAAGGUCAACGCGACAUGUGCUGGCAGCAUCGUUGAGUGCGUCGGUAGGGUGCUGAUCCAGCUGGCUAGCGGUGGAGAAAGUGGCUGCUCUCUGCUGUGCACGGGCCGUGUGCUUAGUGCCAUGGUUACUCCGCUCAGCCUCUAUGUCAGCAGCAAGCAGGGCUCCAACAGCUCUUUGAACAGUGCCUUGCUAUUCACUGCCGACGUGCUGGCCCUGCUAGCCUGCAGACAAGUUGGGCGCAAUGCUCUCCUUUGUGCCAAGCUUGUCCACAACGACAACACGAAGGUACCCAGUGUAGGCUGGAUGCUAGGGAAUUUUGCAUCCGAUGCCAUGAAGGCCUUGCUAAACGAGGAUGGGCGCAAGACUGCCAAGGGUGCCAUGGCUGCCGGUCACAGCAAGUCUAAUUUCCCUCGCUACGUUGUUUCGGCAUUCCUGUUCGUAUGUCGGCAAUUGUACAACACGUGCCGUGGCCUUCGAGAGCUGGAGAGCUUCCAGCUCAACCUACUGAUGGGAAAGGCCUUUGCCAAGGACAAAGCAUUGGCCACUCACAAUGUUGUACAUAACGACGAUGGCACCACUGCACCUGUAUGUGUCAGAUUGGAUACGUUCAGUGAAAUGCUUCUGGACCACUUGCUGAACUUUGCUGGAACACCAAAGGGCAUUCAACUCUUGCACCAAACUGGAAUGCUGGAGAACUGUGUGACGUACAUGUUUGAACGCUUCAAAAAGAAAAUGCAGGUCAGCAAGUGCGAGAAGUUUGGCUAUGGUGUCAUGGUGCUGCAGCUUGCUGCAACCGCACCCGGAAUGGUCGCCCUUCACAAUGUUGGAUAUGUGCGGCGCAUUGUGCAAGAUCUAUGGUUGACUGUGUGUGGCGGGGAAGAUGAUCUACGACUAGUUACCGCCUACACAGACCCAAUGGAUCCCAUGGACCGAUCAGUGUACAAGGUGAUGCUGCAGCUGGUAGCUCUCGUGACUCCAUUCGAUGGACUGGUCCAACUCUUGCAUGGUCCAAAGCCAGUGCUGCACGAUGAUGACACACCGGUCAUGGCCAAGCCCAAGCUGGGCGGCGGAAACGAGCGCUGGAGGUGCGCUAAGCCGUGGAAGCCAUUCCGACUGUGGCCAGAGAUGGAGCAAUGCCAGGAGGUUACUGAAACCAUUGAGAGUUUGUUUCGAAUAGCUCUAAGCAGCAUGCCCACGGAGCCCAUAGCAAUGGUCUUCAACUUCCGACACAUGGAACACUGUGUUCUCAGGCUUGUUAGUUUGGCCGUGACAUGCCUGGACUCACUCAUUCUCAUGGAAGUGCACUAUGACAUGAGACGCACUCUCCUUACUUUACAAGCUGGGUGUCGGAUGGAUGAAUACAGCGGUUUUCUAAUGGAUGCUGCAGCCCUAGAGCGCAAUCACAUCCUUGUUGCAACGGCUUCUGUUGGUGGGCCAUCAGAGCGAAUCAUUCCCCCACGGGAAAUCAAUGACCUCAGCUGGAAGGAUGCCAACAAGAAAUUCAGAGAACUGCACAACCCAUUCAAGUGGCCACUUUUCAGCGAGGACCCAAUACCCAGAGAGUAUGUCAUCAAGCAGAAAGAAGCAAGCCCAGCUGUGUCUGUAUCCGAGUUUCUGCAGAAGAAGUUGCUAAGAUGCAGCAGCACCCCUCCUCAGAGCACGGUGCGUGACGUGUUUGCCGACGCACUACGUAAGGGCAAGAUCUGUGGCUCGGCUGAUCUUCUUGCCCUCGUAAAUUCAGCCAUGGGUAGCCUGCCAGCACGGCCGAACAGUCAACCAGUACCAGCAGAGUUCAUGCAGCCUUAUAGCUCUAUCACCACAGAGCAAGCAUCCCAAUGUACUGGCCUGAAUGAAUACUACAAGUUUGGUGUUCGGCUUGCAGUCAGGUAUGGAGUUGCGCUCGGAAAGCUAAAGGAAGAGGAGAAGUCAGCUGAAGACCUGGAACAACUGUUAAACAUGUUAUCGCGUUGCCUGGGUGUCAUGAAUGGAAUCGAGAAGGCUGCAGCUGAAAUGAGUAGCUGCAGUGGCAAGUUCCACGGGUUUGACUGGUUUGUGGCCUCCAUGUUUAUCAUGUGUGCCGGCAACUGUGCGGCUACCUGGUCGUUCCUGCUAGCGUUCUCUGGCCGCGCGGGCGCCGAGUCCGUGUGGUGUCAGCGCAUACUGCCUAAGAAUCAAGCAACGCACAUCUCGUGUAAAUUCUCCGUGAUUGCUCACUGUGUGGAAUUUAUUGUACAGGACAAGUACCCACUGCUGAGAUCUGCGUUUCAGCUGUCCGGUUGCACUCCAGCACAGGUGAGUUAUCAAUGGCUAAACCAAUGUUAUUGGAACUACUUGGAUUGGCCGGACAUUGAACUCUACCUUGCCACAUGUAUCGUAAUGGGUGCCGACUAUCAGGUAUACUUUGCUGUGGCAAUCUUGCAUGGUCUUCACGGUCGGAUUUUGCAGGAAACUAAGAGACAGCGUUUACUACCAGCAUUGAAGGAGUCCCUUCUCUUGGAUUUUCACCUGACUCCGAGUGUGCUGAGGUUCAUGCGGGAUCUGGAAACGAUUUACAGAGACUACAUAUUCUCCUGCUUGCACUCGUCUGCAAGUGAUGGCGGGGUGGACGAAAUCACCACCAAGAUUCGCAAAACGGACGUGCGGAAUUAGCGUGUUGGUGUGCAUACGUGAACGUGUGCUUGUACACAUGAUGCAGAAUAUUACUGUGGCAGCUAGCGUCCUCAGUAUUGUCUAUGUGGCUUAUCAUAAUAUCGGAUAUGCUUGUAUUCCAAAGAAGGGUGGCUCCAAAGUCAGUCAUGAGCCAUGCAUACCUACCUUGCAUCAAUAACUAUGCUAAGAACACUUCCAUAAUCGAUUCAGACAGACAUAAUCGGGUGAUUCAUUCUAUAACUAGUAGUACUCCCAGGAGAGCCACGGGGAUAAACUCGGACAUGAAACAGGAAUGCAACUUACUUUGAAGUGAUUCUUGAUACCCUAAAGCAAUUAUUUGUAUAAGUACCACUGGUACUAAUCUUACAUUUUGUGACAAUUCACUUUCAGGCAUUUCUCUGGAAAUGUUGCUGUCUAAAUACUCUAAAUACUCGAUUCGUCACCGACGUACCAUACGGACAAAUCCAACUAUAAAACGCUCGAUGGCCUCAUUCUGAUCCUAUAUGUAGCCUGCUUGA